AUGGUUGUCUUCAGCAAGAUCACUGUUGCCCUCGCUGGCCUCGCCUCUGUCACUUCCGCUGUCCCCACUGGAGGCAAGAAGAGCUUCAGUAUCAACCAGGUUUCCAUUCCUGCUACUAAGACCAAGAACUUCGCUGGCAACUACGCUCAUGCCAUUGCUAAGUAUGGCGGUAACGUUCCCAGCCAUGUCCAGGCUGCUGCCCAGCAGAGUGGUGCUGCUACCACCACUCCUGAGUCCAACGACGAGGAGUACCUCACCCCCGUCAACGUCGGUGGUACUACCCUGAACCUGGACUUUGACACCGGCUCUGCCGAUCUGUGGGUCUUCUCCGAGCAGCUGCCUUCCUCUGAGCAGUCUGGCCACAGCGUCUACAAGCCCAACAACGGCACCAAGCUGGCUGGCGCCUCUUGGUCCAUCUCCUACGGUGAUGGCUCCUCCGCCAGCGGUGACGUCUACAAGGACACCGUCUCCGUUGGCAGCGUCAAGGCCUCCGGCCAGGCUGUCGAGGCUGCCUCCAAGAUCAGCGCUCAGUUCACCAAGGACCAGAACAACGACGGUCUCCUGGGUCUUGCUUUCAGCUCCAUCAACACUGUCAAGCCUAAGGCUCAGACCACUUUCUUUGACACCGUGAAGUCUUCGCUCGCUUCUCCUCUCUUCGCUGUGACCCUGAAGCACAACGCUCCUGGCACCUACGACUUCGGCUUCAUCGACAAGUCCAAGUACACUGGCUCUCUCGCCUACGCUGAUGUCGACAACUCUCAGGGCUUCUGGGAGUUCACCGCCGACAGCUACUCCGUCGGUUCCUCCAAGGGCAGCUCCAUCAAGGGUAUUGCUGACACCGGUACCACCCUCCUCCUGCUCGAUGACGACGUUGUGUCUGCCUACUACAAGCAGGUCCAGGGUGCCCAGCAGGACUCCUCCGCUGGUGGUUACACAUUCGACUGCUCUUCCAAGCUUCCCGAUUUCACUGUCACCAUCUCCGGAUACGAUGCCGUUGUCCCCGGUGACCUGAUCAACUACGCCCCUGCCUCCCAGGGCUCCUCCACCUGUUUCGGUGGUAUCCAGAGCAACUCCGGCAUUGGCUUCUCCAUCUUCGGUGACAUCUUCCUGAAGAGCCAGUACGUUGUCUUCGACUCCAACGGCCCUCGCCUUGGGUUCGCCGCCCAGUCCUCUUAA